CAUUGUCACUCACAGCACAGCUGGUCUGGUUACUAUAGGAAAAAAGUGAAGAAGCGUUCUUGGUUUAGUGAGAACUGCUCCUGAAGUUAUUGUGCGCGAGUCUUCUGUGGCGCAGGUGACUUGUGCAGCUCCUCUUUAUUGUUGUACCUUGGUGUUCUCGGACUUGUUCCCAGGUGUCGGCUCCAGCUGUGGUGUCUGUGGGAUGGAGAAGUAUCUUCCACAGCUCAUGGCUGAAAAGGAUGCGUUGGACCCGUCCUUCACUCAUUCCUUGAGGAUGGUUACUGAAGAAAUUGAAAAAAUUCAGAAAGGCGAAGAAGAGAGCACAGAAGACCAAUAUAUAGAUGUUGUGAUCAAUAAAAAUAUGAAAUUGUCACAAAAAGUCCUAAUCCCCAUUAAACAGUUCCCUAAGUUCAAUUUUGUUGGUAAGCUGUUGGGCCCAAGAGGCAAUUCUUUGAAAAGGUUACAAGAAGAUACAUUGACAAAGAUGUCCAUUCUAGGCAAAGGAUCAAUGAGAGAUAAAGCUAAGGAAGAAGAACUGCGGACAAGUGGAGAAGCAAAAUAUUUCCACUUAAACGAUGACCUCCACGUUCUUAUUGAAGUUUUUGCUCCACCAGCCGAAGCAUAUGCCAGAAUGGGACAUGCUCUGGAAGAGAUAAAGAAAUUCCUUAUUCCAGAUUACAAUGAUGAAAUCAGACAAGCACAGCUACAAGAGCUUACCUAUUUAAAUGGUGGAUCUGAAAAUGAGGAAGUUCCAGUUGUUCGUGGUAAACCAGCGAUUCGUUCUCGGGGAGUACCAGUGCCUGCACUUGCCAGGGGUCGUGGAGGCAUCCCUCCCCCUAAUGCUGGUGUACCGCGAGGAGCUCCAGCUCCAAGAGGAGUAACCCCAUCACGGGUGUCUGCCACACGCGCUCGUGGAAUUAUAGCCUCAAGAGCAAGAGGUGCACCUCCCCCUGCAGGAUACAGACCUCCACCCCCCGCCCCUGAUACAUAUGGAGAAUACGAUUAUGAUGAUGGGUAUGGCACAGCUUAUGAUGAACAAAGUUAUGACUCUUACGACAAUAACUAUAAUUCACAAGGACAAAGCACAUCAGAUUAUUAUGAAUAUGGACAUGGGCUUGAAGACACAUAUGAUUCUUACGGUCAAGACAGUUGGGCCAACUCACGACAUAAGGCACCACCAGCACGAGCAACAAAAGGAACCUACAGAGACCAGCCCUAUGCCAGAUACUGAUUGUACAGUCUGACGUUGUGAAUUAUCCAGUCUUCUCCAGCUCUGUAUACUGUUCAAAGUAAUUUUUUUUUUCUAUGAACACUCCCUUUAUAUUGUUGACAAUGCUAACUACCCGAAUGGAUGGACUGAACCUAAAAAAUUAUAUUUUGUUGAAAGACAAACCGGAAAAAAAACAAACACAAAAGUUGUAAAAAUUAUAUUGUUCUUUCUAGUCUGUGAUUGAAAAUAGGUUGUCAAAAGAACGAACAUAACUUUUGAUUAACUAGUGUUAAACAAGUUAGAUUUUCCUAAAUAUGUUAAUCCAUUCUUUUAACAUAAGCGUAACCUUUUAUUUUAAAGGUUUUUGACAAAGUUUAGUUCACACAUCUUUAUUUAAACAAUUUGCUACUUUCUCUUGUAAAUCUGCGGAAAGAGAAAACUUCAAAAUGCAAAUAAUGUGGUAUUUUUUUUGUAAGAAGUCUUGAAAUGUACUGUAGUGUUGAGCAAAAAAAAAAAAAUUACUGUUGCUUAAUACUAAAUAAACUUUUGAAAAAAAAC